UUUGUGAAGAGGUGCUAUAAAAAGCUUGGGAAACCUGUGGAAUCUCUCCAGUGGAGACCAUGGGGAAGAUUAUCUUUUACGAGGACAGAAAUUUCCAAGGUCACAGUUACGAGUGCAGCAAUGACUGCACAGACCUUCACCUGUACUUUAGCCGCUGUAACUCCAUCAGGGUGGAGAGUGGCUGUUUCAUGAUCUAUGAAAGGCCAAAUUACAUGGGUCACCAGUAUUUCAUGAGGAAGGGCGAGUAUCCCGACUACCAGAGAUGGAUGGGAUUCAGCAGCAGCAUUCGAUCCUGUCGCAGUAUUCCUAUGUACAGAGGCUCAUACAGAUUAAAGAUCUAUGAGAAGAACGAUUUCAGCGGCCACAUGAUGGAGUUCAUGGAUGAUUGCCCCUGUGUGUCUGACCGCUUCCACCACCGCUAUGUUUACUCCUGUAAUGUGAUGAAUGGCUUCUGGAUCUUCUAUGAAUAUCCCAAUUACAGGGGAAGACAGUACUUCCUAAGGCCCGGCGAGUACAGGAAGUACCGCGACUGGUGCGCUACCUGUGCCAUUGUCGGCUCCUUCAGACGGGUCACUGAUUUUUAGCCAUUCUGACAUUCUGACUGCACUCACUGUAAAUAAACUGCUUGUUUAUUAAAUGGUUUUUAACUCCUACAUUUAAAUAAAACAGUGUG